AAAGUAUAAGCCCCAAACCCGAACCAUGCGACCUCUGGCUCGUCUAGCUCAGUACUGCCUGCUACUCUCGGCAGCUGCGUUUGCUCCAUGCCGAUCGCAGACCCAUGAAUACGAUGUGGUUGUCAUAGGUGGUGGUUCUGCCGGCACUCAUGCAGCCACGCGACUGCAGCAGAUAGGAAAGUCGGUCUUGCUGAUCGAAAAGGAGGAUCGUCUGGGCCGCAACGCCAACACAUACAAAGAUGCACAGACUGGAGUCACUUUCGACUACGGCAUUGUCAGCUUGGUGAACAUCACCGCCACCACCGACUUUUUUGAUAGUCUAGGCGUGCCCCUGAAAAAGUUCAAUGGCCAAUUCGUUCCAAACGAGCAGGCCGUCGGUGCAGACUUUAAGCAGAAAACGAAGGCUGCCAGUUGGCCGCUCUCGAGCAAAGACGACGUGACAGCGGCGCUCAAGGCAUAUCAGCAACUUUUGGAGAAGUAUCCCUAUCUCAACAGUGGGUAUCAUCUGCCGGACGAAAUACCAGACGAGAUUCUCAUGCCGUUUGGUGAUUUCUUGGAGAAGCACAACUUGAGCGCCAUUGCAUAUCAGGGAUGGCUGGUGUAUGGCGGCAUGGGAAACGCACUCGCGCAACCGGCGCUGUACAUGACGCAUUACUUCAAUAUGCUUCAGGCGCGGGCUCGGUUGGAGGACCUGCGUGUGACUGAAGCAAACAAUAACAUGCAAUCACUUUUUGAUGCUGCUCAAAAGAAACUGGGAGAUAAUGCGAUAGUCGGGGCGAAAGAGACCAAGGUCAACCGGCGUGCCGAUGGCGGCGUGGAAGUGCAAGUAAAGACGGCUUCUGGAGCCAAGACGGUUAGAGCACGCAAACUUGUUAUUGCUGCACCACCUACACUCCAAAUUCUCCAGUCUUUCCUCGACCUCAGCACUGAGGAGACUUCACUCUUCAGCCAGUUCAACAACAGCUACUAUUGGAAUGCUGUCGUCGAUAACACAGGCUUCCCGAACGACACUGGCAUCUACAACUCGGACGCGAAAGCCAAAUUUGGUAUCCCUGCCUUACCUGGUAUCUACAAUUUUGAGCCCACCGGGGUUCAAAAUCUGCAUGCCGCGUAUGGAGGGAGCCCAUCCCGUCUAUCUGACAAGGAGAUUGAGGAUGAGAUAACGAGUUCCAUCUCUGGAGCUCAGCAAGCUCUUGGAUAUCCAGGCCUUCAACCAAAAAUCGUCCAAUACAACAACCACUCGCCCUCGGGAUUGACGGUAUCGGUUGAUGCCAUUAGGGGCGGCUUCUACAAGAGGCUGAACGCGCUGCAAGGUCAGCAGAAUACAUUCUGGACCGGAGCUGCCUGGUGCUGUGGAAGCUCGAGUUCGAUCUGGAAUUACACGGAACACGAGAUUCUGCCCCCGCUCAUAGCUUCACUCGACAGGUAG